AUGACUGAAUUCUUUCAAAACUCCGAAGACGGCAAUAGCCGAACAAAUGAAGAUGGUAGUCAGCCUGUUAGCAUCCUGCAGCUACCAACUACUGUAGGAAUUUCUUUCAUCGGAACUAUAGCGAACAUAAUCGUCGCCACAACAUCACAACGACUUUUAUCAAUGCGGAACUCCUUUGGAUUGCUUUUGACGAGCCAAGCAACUGGAGAUGCAAUAUUUUGUGCAACAUUCGCUUUCUACUAUUCACCUAUGGUCAACAUUGAUUCCCUCAAAGGGGUCUCAAAACGAUUCGGCAUGAUUGCAGUAACGUGCUAUGAUAUUUGUAUAUUUUCUCAUUUGAUUAUAGCACUAAAUCGAAUGUGUGCCAUUUGUUUACCUUGGAAAUAUGAGAAGUACUUUGGUCGCUCUAACACAAAAGUAUACAUUGCUAUUUCAUGGUUCAUAGCCAUAUUAAGAUGUCUUAUUUCUUUCGCCUACAGAGAUUGCGUAAUUUAUGAAGAAAGUAUAUGGGCUUAUAUAAUUGCACCGACAGAGGAGUGCCAAGUUAUAUGUAUGUACCUUGAUGAAUAUAAGGAUAUGACUUUGGUAACAAUUAUUAUUUUUGUUGAUAUCGUAACUCUUAUGAAGGUGCGCAAGACUAGCAAGCAGGUAUAAGC